AUGCCCUUCGCUGAUCAUAAAAAGUACAAGAUUCAACGGGAGGAAAUGCCCGCCGUUCCUCACUUUUCCGACUUCAGUGACCCACGGUUCAGCUACACAGCCAACAAGCAGAAAAAUGGAAUUCUUGCCUACUAUCAAUGGCUUCACUGCAUCGGCAACUGGGGCGAGGAACACUCUAUGUGCAAGAAAAUGCGCUGGUACCUAGAGCGAAUGAUGCAGGAGUCGUGGCUGGAGAAGUGGGAAGAGAAGCGUGCCCUAGGACACUUUGAUCACGUUAUCCUCUAUGGUGUGAAGCCAUGGAAGGAGUUUGAGCCGUUGUACCAGCCCGUGAAGAAGAAUCGUAAAGGCGCCUAUGAGUUUUGGUUGGAUCGCGACUUUGAGCCCCUUUACGAUGCGGAUGCAGCGGACUUUCGUGAGAAGGCGCCAAUCCUUCAUGAUGUCUUUGUUAAUGGCAAGAAGCCCGUGUAUGAUUGA